CUUUUGAAAGUAGAUAAUAGGGGGAGCUACUAGCAUUCCUAAACAUCAAUAGGUUAGAAAACCGAUAUAACUUUAUAGUCUAUAAUAUUCAGUACGUUGAACGCUUGUCGACGCACGUGUUCGACGCUAGUACGAGUGCACGCUAUACACAUUUAGUUUUCAAUUUUAUUUUUAAGCCGUGUAAAUUAUGAAUGAAGAGAAAGUGUAUCGUACCAAAAAAGGUACGAAAAAUUCAACGUCGUCAUCGCGAAGAAGCAAGAUUUCAAAUAGACGGCCGCUGAAUCGAUUCGAGGCAGAACAGGAUUCGGAGAAAGUCAGCACAUCAGCGAAAAAAUUAAAGUCGUCCAAAUUUAAUAAUGAUGUGCCAGUUGAUGACACCUUCGGCUACAGAAUAUUGCAUUUCGCAGCCCUCGCAAGUGCGAUUUCGGCAUGUUUAGUGUGCAGAACGUGCGGCAAAGAUGUGAUUUUGUCGGAGACUAGUAAGCGAGGAUUAGGUUUCAAAGUAAUUAUUUCCUGUGGAAAUUGUGAAGAUAAAUAUUGUUCAUCCUCUCCAUACAUAAAAAACGGCUACGAGAUAAAUAAACGAAUUACUUUUGUAAUGAAAAUACUAGGCAUUGGCUUACAAGGAAUGAAAAAGUUCUGUGCUUUCAUGGACUUGCCAGCUCCGAUUUUUCACUCUUUUUAUGACUCAAUUGUACAAACAAUUGCAAUAGCUACAGAUGCAGUUCGUUUUAUGAGUAUGAAACAGGCAGCAAAAGAAGAAAAGGAGAUAAGCAUUACAAAAGGACAGACUGAUGGAAUUAUGGUUUCAGGCGAUGGCUCAUGGCAAAAACGCGGAUUUUCUUCUUUAUACGGAAUCGUAACGCUCAUCGGUUGUCAUACCGCUAAAGUUAUUGACGUUAUCGUAAAAUCCAAGUAUUGUGAAUCGUGCGAGUAUUGGGAAAAACAUGCCGACAGUGCUGAAUAUGAAGAAUGGGCGACAACGCACGCAGAAAAUUGUCAAAGCAAUCACAGUGGCUCUGCUGGAAAAAUCGAAGUGGACGGCGUACUUGAGAUGUUUCAGCGUUCGAUCGAACUGCACGAUGUUAAAUAUACAAAUUACAUAGGUGAUGGCGAUAGCACAACAUUUAAAGGCGUAACGGACGCACAACCUUACGGCGAUAUUAUCGUCAAGAAAAAAGAAUGCAUUGCUCAUAUUCAAAAACGCAUGGGAACUCGUUUACGAAAUUUAAAAAAAUCAACGAAACGCCUUGGCAGAAAAUUAACGGGCAAAUUAAUUGAUGAACUUACAAUAUAUUAUGGCCUAAGUAUUCGUCGAAACGCAAAUUCAGUCGAAAAUAUGAAAAAAGAAAUUUGGGCAACUCUUUAUCAUCAACUUUCGACAGACGAAAAUCCGCAGCACGGAAACUGCCCUCGAGGCGCCAACUCUUGGUGCUCGUGGCAAAAAGCAUGUGCUGAAAACAAUUUAAAUUCGUAUAAACAUAAACCAGCGCUACCCAUCGAAGUUUUCAACGCUAUCAAACCAAUAUACGAAGAUCUUAGUCAUGACGAUUUGCUUGAACGUUGUUUGGAUGGAUACACUCAAAAUAAUAAUGAAUGUUUUCAUUCGAUUUUGUGGAAUAUUGCGCCGAAGAAUGUUUCAAGCGGUAAAAAAGUACUUGACAUAGCAACGGAUGUUGCUGUAUGCACAUUCAACGAUGGCCUAUCUGCUGUUAUGAAGAUUAUGGAGGUGCUCCAGUUCACCAUUGGCUCAAACUGUUACAAUUUUUGCGUGGAAGCUGACGCAGCGAGAAUUUGCCUAGCCGAGGUGCAAAUGUCGGACGCAGCAAAAGAGGCACGCUCGGCAUCAAAAUCUACGAAAAAGGCUGGAGAAUAUGAAAAUAUACUAACAUAGAAGGUCAAUUAUAUGGUG